AAGUGUGUUAAAUAUUUAACACAGAAAUUUUAACCGGCGUAUUUUUUAACAAGUAAACACAGAUUUUCCAAUAGUGUAUAAUGCAAUUAAUGCUGUAUCGUGUAUAUAUUCAAAAUUAUACUAAGCCUUACUAAAGAUUGAAAUACUUCGCGCUUCAGAAUUAUCGAGGAGGAAACGGUAGCUGCGAUGCAGGAGAUGCCGGAAUUGACGGAUGUGCCGAUCUGAUUCCUCGAUUCGAUCGACGGAACCGUCAAUUUCGUACACAUGUUCCCACCGAACUGCAUAUCCGUAGGUCUAACUGUCUGCUAAGAGCCCGUCCUAAGCAUCAUCUAUAAUCUUGUAACCUCGGAACUGUAUCGCGCGAUAAAAGGCGAGGUCGCGUUCCUAAACGGAAAAUGGAUUCACACCUUCAAAGGAGCAUGGGAUCGGCCGCAAUGAGCAUGGCGUACGUAGCGCGGGUUGCAGUAGAUUGCAUCCAAGUAGAUGGCCUCCAAGCCUGGGAUAUGGCGGUAGGAAUAGUGAUCGUUCGCGAAGCGGGUGGAACUAUUAUGGAGACGAAAGGUGGUGUCUACGACAUUAUGAAGCCGAAUACCAUUGCAGCGUCGAAUGAAAUCCUGCGUGAGAUGUCCAAAUUAAUCGUCGAAACUGACUUAAAUAUACAAAGAAAACAGCUUGAGAAUCAGAUGCAAUGUAAAAAACAGACAAAUCACGUUCAAUGAUUGAGAAGCUGAAUGUAAAGCAGAAGAAGGCGUGUCCUCUCAUGCGGGAGAAAACGUGUCUAUCACGUAACACAAGGAGAUUACUUAUAAAAACCAGUCUAAAGAAGUUUCCUACGAAAAAUCCUACUGACGCACUCGCAACAUGUAGUAUGAUAUCAAUCCGAUCGUGUUAAUGUAAAAGAUGUGUUAUGUCGUUUCCAUGUUGCGCAACGAAUAACAUGAUUUUUCCCAAUUUUCCUCUCGAUUGAGAAAUCUUUCUCUCGUCAUUGUUAUAAAUACACCUUACAAUAAUGAUAAAUUUAUCCAUCUGUCAAAAAUAUAUCGUCUGCAAAUAUAUUUCGCAUCAAAACAGUAUUUUUUUGCUCUCGACAUAUAAUUUUGUUUCUUCAAUAUAAUCUUAUAUAAAUGUUAAAAUUCACAACAAAUGUACAUUUACAUAAUUUACAGCAACAAUGUUCAAUGAACGUAAUGAAAUAUAUAAAUAUUAUUGUAUUCGUUCGCAAAUUAUAUGCUCUAUAAUGUAUAAAGCGCGAUAUCAAAUUAAGAAAGAUUAUUUUUUUAGUCUCACGUACAUACAUACACACACACACACGCGCGCGCGCGCACGCACCGUAAAUGUAUAAAUAAAAUUAUUUAUUUAAAAACUAGAAACAUACAUUGUGUAAGAGGCAAUGUUGAAUAAUUAUAUGUGUUACACAAAACUGUUUACUUUUAUUACAGAAAAAGAAGAAAACCGUAACGCAAAUAUGCGGACGCAAUUUUAUUGCAUUUCUGAAAUUUAUAUUUGCAUCCAUUUAAUGAUUCCAGUUUCUUACAAUUCGCAAAACAUAUAUAGAGAGAGUAAUAUUUUUUAAUUAUAAAUUAAAUAAUCAGUUAACUUAACAUUUAUCGAUCUAAUUAAUUAUGGGGCGGGGAGGCACCACAAUAUUAAAAAAUUAAAGUAAUUAUCUGAGGGCUUUUGCAUGUCCGUUCGUUUUGUAAGAUACUGAUAUUAGUAAAUAAGAUAAAAAGAUUAAUUAGCAAGAACGUUGAAAGAUUAUUGUCAACAAUCUUAUUAUUACACGUGAUAAAUAUUUAUGGCUGCUCGUCGGAUGUUAUAAAUUGCUUUACCAAUUCCUCCUUACAAUACAUACAGAUACAAUGCAUCUUCGAUUCGUAUGAUUGAUCUUUUAGAUCAACUGUCAUUUACUUAAUCCUCGAUUGCGCUCUUCGCAUUUUUUAAAUAAAUCGCGAUACUAUACGAAUAAACAAAAAAUCGUUAUAUAUGCCGUACGAUGCUCGUCAACAAAAAAAAGUUUUUCGCUGGAAAAAAGAGAGCAAUAUUUGUGCGAUAGAUUCUUUCCGGCACAAGCUUAUUUAAAUAUACAAUAUUAUGCAAAAUCGAUAAAAACAAAAUGUCAAAAUGUUUUACUAUUUACUACAGAGAGGAAGUAAAAGGUAUUAUUUGCAAAAGAGUGCGAUUAUUAGAAUAGAUAGACACUGACAAUCGCGCUGAUCAUUAGAGAAUAUUAAGUAUUUGCGCAACCAGCGUAAUUUGCAGACGGAAAAGCGGAUAAUUCAAUAAGCAACGAAUAUAGACAUUGUAACCGAAAACCGAAUAAUACCACUGAAAGAUAAUUAGGAUUAUAACGUAAUGAGCCCUGAUAAUAUCAGUGGAAAAUAUUGGUCAACGACGCUGUAUGUUAGAAGGAGAGACGCGUAAGGAAACUAAUAUAAUUGCAUAUCGACUCGAUUCUUCUCUCAACGUAAUUUCUAAGAGAUCUUUUGCUACCGUAAAUAUACAGUUACCGUUUUAAUCUCGGAAUGAAAUACUAAUUGAAAAAGUGUAAGCGUAAGCACAAGAAAUGUAAUAAAAAAUAUAUUUUGCAGAAUAUAAAUCUGAGCAAAAUAUCUAUGUUUUUUUCUAAUCCAUUGAGGAAUAUUUUAAGAAUUAAAUAAUAUAAUCAAGUAGACGCGUGGAAAUGUUUCACGCGAAAAAUAUUGCGGGGAUUACUAGUAGAGUUAUCACCGCGUUUUUAACGCGCAAGAUUUGCAUAUCUAAUUAUGAUUUUCAUAUUGCUAUUUAUUGUCGUGCCCGAGGCAACUGAUCACGCCCAUACAUACACAACACAGCUAUCUUAUCAUACGAAGAAGGGAAAAGGCAAUUAAGAGCCAGCACGGUAAUUUGUGCGCAUAUGUUUUAUUACAUAUCAAAUUACAUUGACAUUUUAAGUGAUAAUAGGCAUAAUCAUAAAAAGUGUACGUCUCGAUCCUUUUUUUAAGACGUGCAUGAAAUUUAAAACAUUAUUCAAUAAGUCAAAAAAUAGAGAAAUGAAUGUUCCCUCUAUAUCCGAGCAAUAUAUUGACAUUACGAAGAAUCUUAACGUCAGAUUGUCCUACUUUAGUCUCAAUAAAUUACAUAGUUACAUUAGAGUUCACAAAGACACUCUUCCUAAAGCCUCGCACAGCAAUGUCGAUUAUAAAAUUAAUUGCAGUAAUUGUAAUGUCUCAUACGUCGGUCAAACGGGCAGACAAGUUACGUACUACAAGGAUAUCCGAGCAUCGCAAUCAUAUUAGAUGGAAUGCGACGAAUCAUUGUUUUAAUCGAUCAUAGAUUAGAAUUUAAUUACGAUUUUGAUUAGGAUAGAGUCGAAAUUCUGGACAGUGAACCUUUGCUUCAGAAACGCUUAAUUUUUGAAAUGGUGUACAUUAAAAGGGAAAAAAAUAGCCUUAAUUUUUGCAAAUAGACAGAAUGUUUAUAUUAUAGUUAUACGGAUGUAAUUGAUAAAUUACCAAAACUUUGAAUGUCACGCCGUCUUAUUUAUAAACACCCCUCUGUAUUCAUAUUUACUUUAUGUACCGUGCGAUAUGAAGAGACUUGACAUUCUGUCUCUGAACGUUCGUAUGUAACAUUUGCCUUCUGUACAACAUGUGUGACUCAUUCAAAUUUAGUAUAUUCGUAUUGCCAAUUGCUCUUUUAAUGUAGUAUAUUUUAUCGGACAGUCUCUCUCUCUCUCUGUCUCGAAGGUCCAUUAUAUAACAUUUACCUUCUGACAACCAUGGAUGACUCAUUCUUGUUCUGCGUAUUAUUACUAUUGCAUUUCUGAUAUAAUAUAUUUCAUAUACUUUGUAAUUGCGCUGAAGACGGUCAAAAAAAAAGACGGAAACGUACGCUUUUUAUGAUUAUGCCUAUCAUCACUUAGUUAAAAUGUCAAUGUAAUUUGAUUGUAAUAAAAUAUAAUAUGCGCACAAAUUA